UUCAUACCUGGAACCUUUCUUUGAACCCAACGAAACGGAAUCUUUCCUCCCUCCUUCCCCGCGUUUCUCAUUUCUUAACCUUCUCUUUCUGCCCGACAUCACAAGUACCUGGCUAGUUUUGGCCUCCCCUCCGGAAACAAUCAUGUCAGCA